GUCUUUUUCUUCUAACAAUUUGGAUCGCAUCCCCGCACAACUCUGAUUUCCCAGCCCGCAGCACGUUCCCUGCAGACUGCACAGGCGUCGUCGUCCUGAGAAAGCCCGCAUCACGCCGUUAACGGAGUCUCUGCUUCCCAAAACGAACGUUCGCCUUCUCCUUGCCCCUUCCUCCAUCGCUGUUCAUGGCGUCGAACAUUCCUCCUCGAGGUCCCGAAGUAGAAGGGGACGAGCGCGAAGAGAGCGAGGACGAAGACGAUGAGGACAACGAGCCCACCGUGGACGAUUCCGUGGUGGUUUCCUUUCGUCCCGACGAAGCGGUCUACGUCGACCUCUCGGAAACCAUAGCCGAAACAGCUGCGGCGGAACUCUCGAUCUCGGAGGCUUUCGAGGAGGCGCUGGAGGCGGUGCGGCGAUCGGAGGAGCCGUUUCCCGGCGCCGUGGAGGUCGUGGUGGAUUCGGACGAGGAAACCGAAGGGGAAGACGCCAACGACGGGCGGGACGAGCAAGAGGAGGUAGUGGAGACGACGGAGGAGAAGGGGAAAGGUGGAGGAGGGGAGAGCGAGGGUUUGGACAAGACGGAUGGGGUGGAGUUGGACCGUUCCCUUUUCCCCAGUUGCCCCGUUUGCUUCGAGACGUGGAGCGCCGAUGGACCUCAUCGUGUCUGCUGUAUACCCUGUGGACAUGUUUAUGGUAGAUCAUGCCUAGAGAGAUGGUUUAAGCAAUUUGGAAAGAAUAUUGGAAAGUGUCCUCAAUGUAAUAGGAAAUUUAGGCGGAAAGAGAUGAUUAAUCUGUAUGCACCUCUGAUUGUUGUACCAAAUGAUGAUCUAGAAAAGGAAGUGCAUUCUCUACGGGAACAGAAUGAAUCUCUUAAAUUGGAGAAAGCUGAACUGAUCAUGGAGAUUAACAAGCACAAGAAGCAUGCAAGAGAUGCAGAGAGUUCCCUAAGACAGAAAAUGGCUUGCUUGGAACACACUUUAUCAGGGUCAAAAAUGAGGAGGCAUUUUAAGUCUUCUGAUGGAAGGUGGAUCUCUACAGCUCACCCCUUGGAAAACAACUUUGAGUCUGUAAGAGAUGAUGGGCUUCAUCAUUGCCGCUUUGUGUUGCAGAAUGAGUUGGAGCUAGAUGGAGCUCGGGUUAUGGGAAUAGAUGGAUCUAGUCAAAUUAUAAUGGUUUCAGGAAAGGCCCCUGGAAUUGAGCGAGAGCAUGUUCUUAGCAAGAUUAGCUUGCUAAGUCAGAAUGAAGUAGAGACAAUACAGCUUCCUCCUAAUACUAAAGCUAUAAGGGAUCUUACAAUCCUUCCUGAUGGACUUGCACUUCUCGCAUCACUGGGCAAGAAAUUAUUACUUUUCAGCAUGAGGAGCAAUAAUCUUGUCCUCAAGUAUGACUUACCGGCUCCUGCCUGGUCGUGCUCGGGAGACAACAGCAACACACAUUAUGUUUAUACUGGAUUGCAGAAUGGCAUGCUUUUAGUCUUUGAUAUUCGUCAAACAGCAGUACCCAUGCAAGUAAUGGAGGGCUUGACUGGGCACCCAGUUCAUACUGUUCAUUCUGUUGUGCUAAGUGAUGGAGGGAGUAGAGUUCUUACUGCUUCUUCUUCAGGCCCUUGUAUUUGGGAAGUUGGCUCUAGCUGUGGAAGGCCAUUUUUUAUACCAGAAAUGGAAAAUCGAGGAGUAUGCAUAUCACUUGCCUGUUGUGGUUCUCUUGAAAGCAUGGUGGCUUCAUUUCGGCAGAAAGUUGAGCUGUUCAAUGAUAGCAUGACUUCUCAAAUUCCAAUGUCACCGUCACCGUCACCCAUUCUUUCUACUACAGGAAAAAUAGGUUCUCAUGUUCUCAUCACGUGGGUGGACGGAUUAUCCUUUCAGAGUCAAGAGGUUGGUAAGAGCAUUGUCAGUGAACUUCGAAUGCCCAAAUCUGCCAUCUUAUGCACAGAAGGGGAUAACUCAUUGUUUGCUUAUGGGGAUGAAUCAUCUCAUGGGGUGCACAUCUGGGGCCUACCCUCGUUCAGAACGUACGCGAAGCUCAAGCCACAUCAGCAUCCUAUUCUUGAUUUAAGGUAUGAUCGAAGAUCCACAGGCCCUGGCUUCCUCGGUUGCAUUAGUGAGGAUAGAUUACAAGUUUUUAGUUGUUUCUAGUCUGUGAAUUGACCUCAUACCUUUUUGCUCUUCAAAUUUAGGCUUAGAAAUAUCGAACAUGGUAGUCUGUAACGAACAUGGUAGUCUGUAACGUAAGAAGGUACAUUUUUUGAAACCGACGGAUGAUUCUGUAGAACACAAUGUUGUAUAUCAGAGGCGCUCCAAGUAUUGUGAUAUUGUUCAUUAAAUGCCUAUUACAGCAUCUUACUUUA